AUGUUCUGCAUGAUGGUUGUGCAUACCCCAUGCUUUGUCCUUUCUACAGGGUCAACUGUCAUCUGUCUGUCUGGGUGUCUGGCUUUGUGGGACGGUGCAGAGCCUACUCUGUCCUGUGGCCUUGCCAACAUUCCACUGACCCCUGAGACGCAGCGGGACCAGGAGCGGCGGAUUCGGCGGGAGAUCGCCAACAGCAACGAGCGGAGGCGCAUGCAGAGCAUCAACGCGGGCUUCCAGUCCCUCAAGACCCUCAUCCCCCACACAGAUGGAGAGAAGCUCAGCAAGGCAGCCAUUCUCCAGCAGACGGCGGAGUACAUCUUCUCCCUGGAGCAGGAGAAGACCAGGCUCCUGCAGCAGAACACACAGCUCAAGCGCUUUAUCCAGGAGCUGAGCGGCUCAUCCCCCAAGCGGCGGCGGGCAGAGGACAAGGAUGAGGGCAUUGGCUCGCCGGACAUCUGGGAAGACGAGAAGGCAGAGGAUCUGCGUCGGGAGAUGAUCGAGCUCCGGCAGCAGCUGGACAAGGAGCGCUCGGUGCGCAUGAUGCUGGAGGAGCAGGUGCGCUCGCUGGAGGCCCACAUGUACCCAGAAAAGCUCAAGGUGAUUGCACAGCAGGUGCAGCUGCAGCAGCAGCAGGAGCAGGUGCGGCUGCUGCACCAGGAGAAACUGGAGCGGGAACAGCAGCACCUGCGGACCCAGCUGCUGCCCCCCCCGGCCCCUACCCACCACCCUACAGUGAUCGUGCCGGCGCCACCCCCUCCCUCCCACCACAUCAACGUCGUCACCAUGGGCCCCUCCUCGGUCAUCAACUCUGUUUCCACGUCCCGGCAAAAUCUGGACACCAUCGUGCAGGCGAUCCAGCACAUCGAGGGCACCCAGGAAAGGCAGGAGCAGGAGGAGGAACAACGACGAGCCGUCAUCGUGAAGCCAGGCCGCAGCUGCCCGGAGGCCCACGCCUCCGACACUGCCUCCGAUUCGGAGGCCUCGGACAGCGACGCCAUGGACCAGAGCCGGGAGGAGCCAGCAGGGAAUGGGGGGCUUCCCUGA